AUGAAGCCAACACACCGAACCCCAGUAAGCCAAGAAGUAGCAACUAUGAUAGUCUUGCUUUCUCAAGCAGCCGAAAAUCAUGGCAAAGGAAGCUUAUAUGCACUUUUAGCCUACAUCGACUACUUCCUUCCAGGCAUUUCACAAGCAGGCCGGGACUUAAACAUACUGUUUGCUGCUCCCCAGCCCGUACACCAAUAUUGCUGCCAUGAGCCCAUUAGAGUGUUUCCUCAUUGCAGAUCUCCUUAUUUCGAGCUCCAGGACCAUUACUCGCAUGAAUGAAGGGCAUUAAGCAUGAGCGCUGAAAAAUAG